AUGGCCACCCUCUCCUCCCCAGCUCAGAUCUACUCCUCCCAAGCUCAGAUCUCCUCCUCCCGAGCUCAGAUCCACUCCUCCCCAGCUCAGAUCUACUCCUCCCCAGCUCAGAUCUACUCCUCCCCAGCUCAGAUCUACUCCUCCCAAGCUCAGAUCUCCUCCUCCCGAGCUCAGAUCUCCUCCUCCCCUGCUCAGAUCUACUCCUCCCGAGCUCAGAUCUCCUCCUCCCGAGCUCAGAUCUCCUCCUCCCGAGCUCAGAUCUCCUCCUCCCGAGCUCAGAUCUCCUCCUCCCCAGCUCAGAUCUCCUCCUCCCCAGCUCAGAUCCACUCCUCCCCAGCUCAGAUCUACUCCUCCCGAGCUCAGAUCUACUCCUCCCGAGCUCAGAUCUCCUCCUCCCGAGCUCAGAUCUACUCCUCCCGAGCUCAGAUCUCCUCCUCCCGAGCUCAGAUCUACUCCUCCCGAGCUCAGAUCUACUCCUCCCCAGCUCAGAUCUACUCCUCCUGCGCUCAGAUCUGCACAUUUCGCGCUCAGAUCUGCACAUUCCACGCUCUGGUCUACUCUCUCGCGCCCAAAUCCGCGCCCUGCCCGUCCGCGCCCUGCCUGUCCGCGCGCGUCCGCCCUUCGCGUCCGCGCCAUGCCCGUCCGCGCGCUCUGCUCGUCCGCCCUUCGCGUCCGCGCCUUGCCCAUCCGCGCUCUGCCCGUCCGCGCGCUCUGCUCGUCCGCCCCGCGCGUCCGCGCCCUGCCCGUCCGCGCGCCCUGCUCAUCUUCCCUUCACGUCCGCGCCCUGCCCGUCACACGCCCUAG